AUGGAUCAAUAUAACACGACAGAGGAUGUCCUUAAAUUAGGCAUCGUCGAUCCCGAGCUCGAAGAAGUUCUUCAACAUAGCCCACCUCCUGCAAUGGACUUUUCAUUACCCGUGGAGCAAAUGCGCCAAAUAGUUUCGGCAAUGGAGAAGACAGCAUACGAGUCCUGUCCAACAUUCGACACCCAGGAAACUAUGAUUGAUAUUCCGAUGCGUGAUGGGUAUCAGAGCAACCUUCACAUUGUCAAGCCAGGCAGCUCGUCUGGAGCAAACCCCGUGGUGGUUCUUAUAUUUGGCGGAGCUUUUGUGAUGGGUACAAAUAUCCAAUCGAUUGUCUGGGCCCGCGCGAUCGCAGCUUUGUAUGGUGCUACCGUGGUACAACCCUCGUAUCGUCUCGCACCGGAACACAAAUUCCCAACGGCCCCGAACGACAUAUGGGAUAGUGUACAAUGGAUAGCUGCCAAUGCGUCGAUACUUGAUGUAGACUUAACGAAAGGGUUUGUGAUUGGUGGUGGAUCAGCAGGCGGAAACCUUGCAAUUGUCACAGCACAUCGUUCUGUGAAAGAGAAUCUCUCUCCACCAAUCACGGGGGUUUUGGCCAGUAUUCCAGUGUGCAUGAGCCAAGAGACUGUGGCGGAGAAAUACAAACACCUUUGGGUAUCUCGGGAGCAAAACGCAUGUGUUCCUGGGAAUCCUGGUCUGGACUCAAAAUCUAUCGGAGGAUACGAGGCUCUGUACCAGCAGGAUUUCUUGUCGGAAGACUUUUCGCCCUUUAACUCGACCGUGCCAUUCUCGGCUCUUCCACGGACGUAUGUUCAGGUCGCAGGGCUGGAUAUUCUCCGCGACGACGGCAUUGUUUAUGCAAAGGUUCUGAGUGACAAUGGUGUGGAGGUGAAACUGGAUGCUUAUCCUGGUAUGCCACACGGGCAUUUUAAUUUAUGGCCACGCUUGAGGCAGUCAUUCAAGUCUCAAGAGGAUACUAUCUGGCAUGCGGGAUGGCUUCUGGGUCGCCAGGUCCCAAGGGAAAGGGUGGAAGAGCUUGUAGCUGUGAUUCUGAAAUGA